GUUUGAUUUGCACAGCGCAGCUAGUCAGACAAGCUGAGACAUCCGUUCCCCAAACAGGAAACUGUCUCUGGGUUCGGCAAGAUGGAUGAGGAGACACCCAACGUGACCGAGGCGUACGAUUACCUGGAUUACAUCUCAUCCGAACCUUGCUACAAAGUCAACGUGAGGCAGAUCGGAGCUCAGCUCCUCCCUCCACUCUACUCCCUGGUGUUCGUGUGCGGGUUCGUGGGUAACACCCUGGUGGUCCUCACCUUGAUCCAUUGCAAGAAGCUUCGGAGCAUGACGGACAUUUACCUGCUCAACUUGGCCGUCUCCGACCUCCUCUUCCUGCUCACGCUGCCCUUUUGGGCCCAUUACGUGGCUUCCCAAUGGACCUUUGGAAAUGCCAUCUGUCAGCUGCUGACGGGGCUCUAUUCCCUCGGCUUCUUCUCCGGCAUCUUCUUCAUCCUCCUCCUCACCGUCGAUCGGUACCUGGCUAUCGUCCACGUGGUGUUUGCCCUCAAAGCCAGGACGGUCACCACCGGGGUGGCCACCAGCAUGGCCACGUGGGUUGUCAGUAUACUGCUGUCCCUUCCGAGUACCAUCUUCUCCCGAUCACAAAAGGAGCUUGCUCGAUACACCUGCAGCCCGCAUUUCCCCUCCACCCAGUACCACGUGUGGAAGUAUUUCCAGACCUUGGUGAUGGUCAUUUUCGGUCUGAUCUUACCCCUGCUGGUCAUGGUGAUCUGCUACUCCAGCAUCCUGCACACCCUGCUCCGGUGUCGCAAUGAGAAGAGGAGACACAGGGCCGUGCAGCUCAUUUUUGCCAUCGUGAUCGUCUAUUUCUUGUUCUGGGCUCCCUAUAAUCUCGUCCUGCUCCUGUAUACGUUUCCCCAUUUCUUUCACCUGGAUAACUGCGAGAGCUCUAACAGACUGGACCAAGCCAUGCAGGUAACAGAGACUCUGAGCAUGACGCACUGUUGUAUCAAUCCCAUCAUCUACGCCUUUGUGGGGGAGAAAUUCCGCAGGUACCUCUGGGUGUUCUUUCAAAAACACAUUGCCAAACACCUCUGUAAGCACUGUUCCCUCUUCCAGAGAUCUGAUCUUCCCGAGCAUGCAAGCUCAGUCUACACCCGAUCGAUUGGAGAGCAGCAGGAAAUCUCCGCGGGUUUAUGACCUGGAUUCUGGCUGGCUUGUGAUUUUUGUGACUGUGUUGUGUCUUUGAGUCAAAGUUGUUUGCUUUGUGUUUGGUUUUUGUCAGUCCUGGGGCUU